AUGCAAGAAGCAGAGAGGGUCAAGGACAAGUUCCUCCAAGAUUAUCUGUCAUGUCUGGCCUCAAGUUCUCUCAGUGUCUCGUUCCUGGUUCGGCGUAAGAUCAUUGGGAACCCUGUGUAUCUACAUCGAAUUCCUAACAUAACAGAUUGUAAGUAG